GUUUGACAUGCCUAGCAACAGCGUAAACAAGCACCUGUCAUACAAGCGUUAGAGAGAUCCAGAAAAAUGGCGUACUAUCAACAGAACUACCAACACUAUCAACAACCAAGCCAACAUUACGGCGGGUAUGGACAGGUGUUGCAGCAGAAUGCAUUCCAAUGUAACGCCUGGCAGGCACUUGGAUUCAGAAGUCCAGAUGAACUACAAGUUCUCUUCACCAAUGCUGUCCAAUGUAACGCUCAAAAUAGGCAGAGAAAUGCGAUCCAGUCAGAGAACCUCGUAAGCAUAAUGAACGACUCCACCCAGAUCAGGAACUAUUUUGGCAUAACGUGGAGCAGGGAGUUGUGUAAAGUAAUGCUUGCGAUGUUGGAUCGAUCAAAAGAUGGAUUUAUGCAGUGGGAUGAGUUUAUGGAGCUGCAGCAAUGUCUGGUUGCAUGGCACAAUAUGUUUAGGGGCCACGAUUUUGACAGAAACAACAGGGCUGACGCAAACGAGUUACUAGCUGUGAUUUCAACACAGUUCAAGUUUCAGCUGAGUCCGGCCAGUGCGACAACCUUGUUGAAGCGGUACUCCUAUGUUGAAGAUGGUGGGAAAUGUGUGUUGUCGUUUGACGACUUCGUAACUCUGUGUGUCAAACUUCGCGCCCUUACAGAUGCUUUCCGACGCCGUGACCAACAACAACAUGGCCACGAGACUGGUACAGCUACCUUCGCCUAUGAUGACUUCCUGCAGUGCACCAUGUGUCUUUGACCAAAGAUUACGAAUGUAUGACAACUGGUUCGUGGCCCACUGUCCUAGAUCAAGAUAAUCUCCAUUGUUUCACGUUUGACAGGUCAAACUUACAAACAGCUUUACACCGCUCAUUUCUUCUUAUUUCUGUAUGUUUUUCACAAGGACAAUCUUUAAUGCAUUAGAGUCUUCAUGAAAUAUGACGUCAUGUGAUAUAGAAAAAAAAAGUUGCACAUUGAUUAAGAGCCAGGCUGGAAACCUUAACAUUCAAAAACAUAGGCUGGGAAUAUCGACAGUGGUCAAAGAAUAUAGGCUGGAAUCUUAAACAAGGUUGGAAGGCCUAACCCAGAAACUUGAACACUGAUCGAAGGAAUAGGCUGGAAAUAUGGAGAAUGAACAAUUGUGGACGGCUUAGACUGGAAGCUAAAACAAUUGUGGACGGCUUAGGCUGGAAGCUUGAACAAUAGUCAAAGGCAAAUCUUGGGCAGUGGUCACAAGUCAAUCGGGAAACUACAUGAGCACCACCAGUGUUCUAAAUUAUGCCAAAUAUCUCUAAGGGACCAAGUGUAUAGUCGACUUUCCUCGAGCAUCAGACAGUGUUUCAUGUAAUACUCAGCUAUUGUGUUUCUUCUUCUUGGUUAUGAUGUAUGUGAAAUUAACAAAUAAAAUUAUCAUCAUCA